UCAGCACCAUGUGCCGUUUAAAAACCGAAUUUCCUUUCAAAAAACAUCUGUUUGUCUCAGCAGAUUGUCGGCUUUUGACUGGUUUGGUGAUGACGGUUUAAACGAAGCACAAGCAUCAUGGACGAGGACAGUAAACCGUUACUAGGAUCAGUGCGAGCUGGGGAGUAUUACACCGAUUCGUUGGACCCCAAGCAAAGAAGGCCGUUUCAUGUGGAGCCCAGAAACAUAGUGGGGGACGAGGUUCAGGAGCGGGUGUCCGCUGAAGCUGCGGCGCUGAGCAGCAGGGUUCAUUACUACGGCCGUCUGACAGCCUCUUCUGACCGACUGCUGGUACCUCCAGAUCAUGUGAUUCCUUCUCCUGAGGACAUCUAUAUCUACAGCCCCUUGGGAACAGCGUUCAAAGUGCAUGGGGGCGACAGUACUCCCAAAAACCCCAGCAUCGUCACAAUCUUUGCCAUAUGGAACACCAUGAUGGGAACUUCUAUAUUAAGUAUGCCAUGGGGAAUAAAACAAGCUGGCUUCACUCUGGGCAUCAUCAUUAUUGUUCUUAUGGGCCUGCUGACGCUCUACUGCUGCUACAGAGUAUUGAAGUCCACAAAGUCCAUACCGUAUGUCGAUACCUCAGACUGGGAGUUUCCUGAUGUGUGUAAAUAUUACUUUGGGGGAUUCGGAAAAUGGUCAAGUCUCGUCUUCUCACUGGUGUCACUGAUCGGUGCGAUGGUGGUCUACUGGGUCCUCAUGUCCAACUUCCUGUUCAAUACAGGAAAAUUCAUUUACAACUAUGUUCACAAUGUCAACACAUCAGAUACGUUUGGCACAAAUGGAACAGAUAGAGUGAUAUGUCCAUAUCCAAACUUGGAUCCGGACGGAGACAGCAGCACUCUCCAGUACUAUGUGAGUGAUAACAGCACAGGACCGGUGUUUGAUCGCUGGUGGAGUAAAACCAACACCAUCCCGUUUUACCUCAUUAUUCUGCUGCUGCCGCUGCUCAAUUUCCGCUCCGCUUCCUUCUUCGCCAGGUUCACCUUCCUUGGGACCUUGUCAGUGGUUUAUCUCAUCUUUUUGGUCACAUAUAAAGCCAUUCGACUGGGCUUUCACCUGGACUUCCACUGGUUUGAUUCAUCAGUGUUUUUUGUUCCAGAGUUCAGAUCGCUGUUUCCUCAGCUGACUGGGGUUCUCACACUAGCAUUUUUCAUUCACAACUGCAUCAUCACGCUAAUGAAGAACAACAGACAUCAAGAAAACAAUGUGCGGGAUCUGUCGCUGGCGUACCUGCUGGUGGGGUUAACGUACCUGUAUGUGGGCGUGCUGAUCUUUGCUGCUUUCCCAUCACCACCGCUGUCUAAAGAGUGCAUUGAACCAAACUUUCUGGAUAACUUCCCCAGCAGCGAUAUCCUGGUUUUCUUCGCGAGGACUUGUCUUCUGUUCCAGAUGACCACCGUGUAUCCUCUGCUGGGGUACCUGGUGCGCGUGCAGCUGAUGGGGCAGCUCUUUGGGGACCAUUAUCCCAGUUUCCUUCAUGUGUUUAUUCUGAACAUCUUUGUUGUGGGAGCUGGAGUCCUAAUGGCCAGGUUUUACCCCAACAUCGGCUCCAUCAUCAGGUAUUCGGGGGCCAUAUGUGGCUUGGCUCUGGUGUUUGUGCUUCCCUCUCUGAUCCACAUGAUCUCGCUCCAGCGCAGAGGUGAGUUACGCUGGCCCUCUGCCGUCUUCCACGGCUUCCUCGUCGUCCUCGGCGUGGCCAAUCUGUUCGGCCAGUUCUUCAUGUAGCAUGCUGUGCCUUAAAUGAACCGCAGGCGUCUGUGUUUACCUGAUGGAAGAGGAACUCUGUGUGCUGGGAACGGUUCCUUGGGUGCUUCUCACAGGAAUGAAGUCAUGGUUCUGGAAGUACUAACCAACUUAUCAAGUACCUCUGAAUUUCAUUACAAGAAACUCACUCAAAUGCACCAAAUUUAAAAGGGUUUAAUUAAAGCUAUGCAUUUAUCAUAUUGUUUUUAGCAGCUCUUAUUAGCUCAAGAAAUGCUUUUUCUGCAGGGCUUCAAUCGUUCAGUUGUUUUUAAAUGUAUUUCAGUUUUCUUCAAUCACUAAAAUCACCGUCUUGCAUCAACAUGCGCUUCCUCUCAAUUCGAAUCGUGCAUACAUUGUUUUUGCAUGUAAUGAUCAGGUUUUUUUUAUUACUAGAACUUUACUGAAUGCCAGUGAAUUCUGCGUUUACAUUCAAAAUCAAGUUCUUAAAUUAGGACCUUGCUAGUGAAAUGUAACCUGCUUAUAGUAAUUAAUGGAUACAUAAAGGGAAACAAAAGUCUUUAGGUGUGGUUUCAGGUCACAUGUUUUGAAUGGCUGUUUGUUACUGAUAUUGAGUCUUUGAGUGUGCUGAUGCGUUCUGUGUGAGUUCAUGUCACUUUAUGAAAUAUGUGCACAUCAGUAAGGGAAGCUUAACUUUGCACACUUUUGGGAGAUUCCAAAGCUCGAGUCACUUUUAAGUGUUUUUACAUUUAUGUCAAUUUCUGUCUUGUGAAUUUUUAAACAAUUAAAUUAAGUGAGCUCUUUAGAAAAAAAAUUGAAAGUAAUGCAUUUUACAGGAUAAAUUGAACCCAGCUCACAAUAUCUUAACAAUUAAAACCUAUAAAACUCCAAUAAAGUGUUGUUUGCAAUAUAGUGUUUCCUUUACGAUUUCCACUCAUUUAAAACCUGAUUAAAGUUUGUCAACUGAGUAAAUGUUUUCAUAUCACAGCCAAGCAUUUUUUUAUAAAGUGUCAGAAGAACAAAACUACAUGCUUCCAAAACUGUUUUAAAUGUGUUUUGUGAUUAAAAAGAAUAAACUUUGUGUAAUUGUU